AUAAACGACAGACGCAGUUCACUCUUUCCUUCUUUAUCAUCAUGUGGACCAUACUUAUACUUGCAAGCAUUGCAGCAGCGUCUGCUGAGCCACGAACCUUUAUUGGGGAAAAAGUAUUCCGUGUAUUUCCACAAAAUUAUGCAGAAGUACAGCUUAUUAAAUCUCUGGACGAACAUGCAAAGCUUGACUUUUGGGUUCCCGACUCUGUGGAUCUUGUAGAACCUGGCAAAAGUGUUGACUUCCGUGCUGAGAGUCAUGAUGUCUAUGAUGUUCAGGCCAUGCUUGAGCAGAGUGGAAUGUCCUUUAAAAUCAUAAUCGAUGACCUGCAGGUUGCACUGGACAAGCAGCGUGAUAGCAGCAGCCGUGCAGUACACAGCUAUGAAAAGUACAAUAAUCUUGAUACUAUCAAUGCCUGGUCUGCUAACAUCGCUGCUCAGAACCCAUCUCUGGUGUCACGCUCUCAGAUUGGAACCUCAUACCAGGGACGUCCUCUGUAUUUACUUAAGGUUGGAAAAAGCGGAGCAAACAAGAAGGCUGUCUUCAUUGACUGUGGGAUCCACGCUAGAGAAUGGAUCAGCCCUGCUUUCUGUCAGUGGUUUGUAAAAGAAGCAGUUAACACCUAUGGCAGUGAUGCUCAGUUUACCAACCUCUUGAACAACCUGGACUUCUAUGUUCUCCCUGUUAUGAACGUUGAUGGUUAUGAGUAUUCUUGGAGCACAUACCGCAUGUGGAGAAAGACUCUCUCUCCUAACAAGAAUUCUGCCUGCCUGGGAACUGAUUUAAACAGAAACUUCAACGCUGGAUGGUGCACUGUCGGAGCUUCUAAAAGAGCUUGCGAUGAAACAUAUUGUGGUACUGCUCCUGAAUCUGAAAAGGAAGCCAAAGCUCUAGCUGACUUUAUACGUGCCAACAUUGAUUCCAUCAAGGGUUACCUGACUAUCCACUCUUAUGGCCAGAUGCUGCUGUUCCCCUACUCUUAUACCUAUAAUCUUGCCAAAGAUCACGAUGAACUGUAUUCUGUUGCCAGGAAUGCCGUUUCUGCUUUGACUUCCCUCUAUGGAACUCAAUACACGUAUGGUCCUGGUGCAGCUACAAUCUAUCCUGCUGCAGGAGGCUCCGAUGACUGGGCUUAUGAUGCUGGUGUGAAAUAUUCCUACACAUUUGAACUUCGUGACAAAUAUGAAUAUGGAUUUGCUCUACCUGAAAUUCAGAUCAAACCCACUUGCGAGGAAACUAUGCUUGCUGUCAAAUACAUUGCCAACUACAUCUUGAAUAAUGCAUAAUAAGUAACUUACCAGUGGAGCUAAAUGCUGUAAAGUCGAAGAUAAAGUUUCAUUCAUUAAUUUUAAACAAGUUUUUUCAUUUGCUGCUCAAUAACAUGAUGUAAAAUCUAUUGAUAAAGAAAGAAAUUGACAAUAAAGAUGUUUAAUGGAAAUAU